CGAGUUUCCAGCAAGACCAGGAAUAGAAGGACAGGUGUUCCGUCCAAACUUGGAAUGGGGUAGAGAAUGUUCCAGAUCAUUCUCCGGCGGUCUUCAGUCUAUCAGUAUGAUAUUGGGCAGCAGUUUCCCUGUCCUCCUGCUCAGAUCGGAACCAGAAAGAAUUCGGAGUUCGGCGAUAUUUGUGAACAGAUUGUUCCUGUUGCAAAAGAAAUCUAUGUUUUUGUAAGGUAACUGGAAGUUACAUGUCCAAACGUGCACGCAAUAUGGGGAAGAAUUAUUACGAUAUUUUGGGCGUCUCGCGGUCAGCUUCGGACGACGAAAUGAAGAAGGCGUACCGGAAACUCGCUUUGAAGUAUCACCCAGACAAGAAUAAGUCGCCUGGAGCUGAGGAGAAGUUCAAGGAGGUUUCGGAAGCCUAUGAAGUGUUGAGUGACAAGAGGAAGAGAGAAAUCUACGAUCAGUACGGGGAAGACGGAUUGAAGAGCAGCAUGGGUGGCGACAGUGGAGGAGGAAUGCCUGGAGGUGGAUUCCAUUUCCAUUCUCGUGAUCCACGCGAAACCUUCGCGCAAUGCUUCGGGUCGUCAAAUCCGUUCGAGGCGUUUUUCAACGUUGGUGGUGGUGGAGGAGGAAGUGGUCAUCGGGUGUUCGUGAAUGGUAUGCAGCAGUAUCAGAGUAAUGCCAUGGAUGUGGAUGACGACAUCUUUUCAAUGCUUGGUGGCGGCGGAAGGCCGAAGAUGGCGAAGCGUUCAGCUGCAGCUCCACCCAAGAGUUCUGAACAUGAGCUUGAAAUUCCCCUGGAAAGCAUUGCCACAGGCUGCACGAAGAAGAUGAAAAUCACCAGAACACGGAUUCGACCGGAUGGUCAGGGCAUCAAGGAAGAUAAUGUCCUCGUUAUCCACGUGAAGCCUGGGUGGAAAGCUGGUACCCGAGUGACCUUUGCAAAGGAGGGUGAUCAGACCUACGGAAAUGAUCCUGCAGACAUCACCUUCAUUGUCCGGGAUAAACCACACCCAUUAUUUACCCGAGAUGGUGCUGAUAUCAAGUACAAAGCUGCCAUCACCCUGAAGGAAGCCUUGUGCGGAUGUCGAGUUGUGGUUCCCACUCUGGAGGGAAAGCAUGUUGCUAUCAAUCUGAAGGAUCAAGUGGUUACGCCGGGGACUGUGCACAGGUUGGAUGGCUAUGGAUUGCCUCAUUCAAAAGACCCUCUGAAGAAGGGAGAUCUCGUCGUUUCUUUCGACAUCAAAUUUCCUUCAACAUUGACUUCCGAGGCAAAGGCUAUUUUGACUGAAAUGUUACCUUGAAAUAGCACCGUAGUGCUUUCCUCAUUUCAUGGACCUUGUGAUAUUGAAUGGAUGUGUAUUCUUUUUUUUUUUUCGAAUGAAUGUGUACUCUUUUUUCCAAU